AUGCCUAUGUAUGUAUAUGUAGUAGUAAUAAUAUGUUUUUUGCCCCCUUCUUUUUCAUUGAAAUAUUUACCCCGUCGCACGUUAAAAUUAAAUUUACUCGUUGUUGUUGUUGUAUUGUCUUACAUAUAUGUAUACCUGCAUAUAAGCCAUACAUUCUUUUUUUUUUUUUUAAUUCCUUUCAAUAAAAAUUUUUACCACCAACCAACCCAACCAACCACCACAAUUUUGGUUGUCUCAAAAUUUCAUUCAUUUUUACAAAAGGAGAGAAGAUUGGCUUCCCAAAAAAAUUUUCCAAUUAACCACAGACAAAGGAGGGAAAUAACAACAACAACAACAACAACAACAACAUUAAUAUUAAUAUUAAUAUUAUAUACACGCAGACAACUUAUAGACUAUACACCCACCAAGGAUACAAUUACAUUAGGCAACACCCAUUGA